UGUUCCGGCCAGACAACGGGGCCUCCGUGCGCCCCUUCCCUAGUGUCCCCAUGCUCCACGACCAGACGGGCACCAAUGUCGGGGGUUCCCCCUCCGGGGCCGGCGGUUCCAUGCUGCCCUCCUUCGGCUUCACCCAGGAGCAGGUGGCCUGUGUCUGCGAGGUCCUCCAGCAGGGAGGGAACAUCGACCGCCUGGCACGCUUCCUGUGGUCUCUACCCGCCUGCGAGCAUCUCCACAAGAACGAGAGCGUGCUCAAAGCCAAGGCGGUGGUGGCUUUCCAUCGAGGGAACUUCAAAGAGCUGUACAAGAUCCUGGAGAAUAACCAGUUCUCCCCCCACAACCACCCCAAGCUGCAAGCUCUGUGGCUGAAGGCGCAUUACGUAGAAGCGGAAAAACUCCGGGGACGCCCGUUGGGGGCGGUGGGGAAGUACCGAGUGCGUCGGAAAUUCCCGUUACCCAGAACUAUCUGGGACGGGGAAGAAACGAGUUACUGCUUCAAGGAGAAAUCCAGGACUAUUUUGAGAGAAUGGUACUCUCACAAUCCGUACCCCUCUCCCAGAGAGAAGCGGGAACUAGCCGAGGCGACUGGACUAACCACAACUCAAGUCAGCAACUGGUUUAAAAAUAGACGGCAAAGAGAUCGGGCAGCGGAAGCUAAAGAUAGAGAGCACCCCGGUAUGGGCGGAGGUCCUGGCAUGCCCCCAGACCCCAACUCACCCCACUCGGACAUCAAGGAGGAACACAGCCCAGACUCUCUGGCUGGACACAGCAAGCUGGACGAGUCUCCGCCCCAUCCGUCCGCCAUCUACGCCGACCUGCAGAAAGCAUCCAGCAUGGCCGCCGCUUCCGCCGGAAGUAUGAUGGCGGCCGCGCAUGGCAUGAUGGCAAGUCACGGGAACCCUGUCGGCGUGCCUCACAUGGGCCAUCAUCUCAGCAACGCCGCAGCUGCCAACAACCCGGGUGUCAAUCCGAUGUUACAGGAAUAUCAGACAUUAUGAAAUCCUGCUCUACUGGGAUAUCAGACGUUAUGAAAUCCAGUUUACAGGAACAUCAGACAUUAUAGAAUCCUGUUUUAUGGGGAUACGAAACGUUAUGAAAUCCAGUUUUACAGGAAUAUCAGACAUUAUACUACAAUCCUGUUUUACGGGAAUAUCAGACGUUAUGAAAUCCUGAUUUACAGAAAUUAUGUUACAAUGACAUUGGACAUUAUGAAACCCAUGCAAGAGGAAUAUCUGACAUGAAAUCCAUAUAACGGGAAUAUCCGAUUUGAUGAAAGAGAUGGAUGUGUUACGUUUACCACCGCCAUCCCCCUCAACCUUUGCAAGAAUGAGAGACGGUGAAACUGAACAGUUUGUUUCUGUUCUACGAAAUCUGAGUUAUAAUUCACCUUUUUUUCCUCCGAGAUUUAGCGCUCGUAUGUGUGUUUAUGCUCCUCUUGUAUUUGUUUGAGCAGGUGUUUUUGUGUGAAUGCGUAACUUUGUGUGUGUUUAUCUGCUUUAUAGCCCACUGCCAGAAAGUCAGUUUAAGAUGAUUUGUGAGUGAUGUCUCAAGGUAAACUGUGUGAGAGAUAUUGCCUGCUUUUGGCAGUCUUUACUACCAACAUGCAAGUUCUGUCUGAGUGAUAAGAUGCUGAGAAGGCCUGUUGAAAACAAGUGAGGCUUUUAGCUCUCCAAAGACAACGUGCAGCAAUUUGAUUUGGUGGUUAUGAAAGUGUUGGGCUUUUGAACAAAUUUCACAACACAAACUCACCGAAAAUAGUCUAAAGGCAGGGAUGCCUUUGGCUUUGUUGAUCCACUGCUCCUUAUAGAACCGAGAACAGGUCUCUCAGUCUACAAAUCUUGUUCAGAAAUGCUCUGCUUACAUUUAAGCUGUGGAUAGUUGUAAACGAAACACCGAAGAAAUGAAGACAGGAAAAAGGGAAGAAAGGAAGGAAGGAAGGAAGGAAGAAAGGAAGGAAAGAAGGCUCUUCUGAACAGCGUUUGGAGAAUACCAGCAAUGCUUUUCCACCAAGAUGGGUGCUACCGUUGGUAAACGUGGUGCUUCGGAAAGGAGACACUUUGGGGUUUUGUUGUGUUUCGCUGUACACCGCUUGGAGUUGCUGUGUUGUGAAACGGAGACUGCUUGUGGAGUUGCUUCCCCGGCGAUGUUGUUUAUAAGAGAUACCAAAAACAGAAAGGGUGUUGUCGUCACGUGGCCAGGAACUAUUGGUAAAUGACUCAUUCUUGUAGCCUUUCCUCUUGGUUGUGUCUAUCAGUUGGUUAGAGUGCAUCCAGGCAUGGUGGAGAGAGAGAGAGACAAUUAGAGAGAGAGAGAGAGAGAGAGAGA